UUUUUAAGCACAAUCCUUCUAUAUUUAGAGGAUUAUAAUUCACUGGUACAGUUUUAAUUUUUAUAUGAAAUGUCUCCUUUAAAAGGCCAUAAACUUUGUGGGUUUUACAGGCCAUAAACAAGGGGCUGCAAAAUCAGCAGUACCUUAUUCAUGACUUUUUAUAUUACAAUGGGCAGUUCACUCUGAAAUGGAUGGUUAUAAUGAUGCCACAGUGGCAUUUUGAGACAAACAUCAAUUCUUUUUCUUUUUUUAUAUGCUUUGUGGCUAUUUUUUUUACUGGGUUGUUGUGUUUUGCUGCUCUCGCUGUAAGCUCCGCUGAAACAGGGAUUUGUGUCAAUGUCUUAUUUCUGUAAGAAGCUGUAAAAUAUUUUUUGGCUCUAUGUAAAUAACAUAGUAACAGACAUUGUGUGCCAAAUAACCAUAACAUCGGUAUCACAAUGAAAUAUACAUUAAUAAUUUUAUGUUUAUUUAAUAAUGCAUAGAAGUUCUCAUGUCAUUACAUUAUUUCAAAUUAGCAUGGUUCAGGUUCCUCCCCCAAUGUCUAGCUCCUUCUCCCAACCAUUCUGCUAAUUACUCAAGUUAAACUCACUACAGUGCAAAGCCCACAUUCAGGGGUUGCCAGUUUUGUUGAGAUCAUGUGAGGAGCCACAGUGAACUUUCAGUUCAGUUGACACAUGGCACCAUCAGGGAAAAAGGGCCCAGGAGCCAAAUGAACACAGUUUAAAACCCAAAUUGGCUGCUGCAACCUGUAACCCAAGUCAAGAGGCCAAGCUAAGAAGCCCAAGAGCAAACCAGAAGCCAAUACAAAUGCACACUUGACAUUUUUCAAAACCUCCUUAUUCAGAGCUGUUUGGGUGGGUGCUUUCAUUGCAGAUGUAAAAUAACUCUAAUAAAGCUUAUUCUGCCUUCCAAUUUGGAAUAAAGUUUAAUGUUAUCCUAAAGAGGCUUCAGAGACAACUCUUGGGAUCUCAUGACACGCUGAUGUUGGGAAAAGGCAAAGUUAAUUAGUGAUGGAGUGAUGCAUGAGGAAUUCUAUGAAGCACUGCUUCUUAUCUUAGCAUUUAUAUUGGUAUUGAGCGCAGUCUUUGGCAGAAGUGGGGUCUCUAUUCGAAUGUAACUCGUAGGGGAGGGCGGCUCCUUAGAUUAGGGGGCCCCCAUACUGGCGAAUACUGCCCUUGCUAAGGAGAUAUGCGAGUUAGUAGAAGAGAGAAAAGCAGCCGAUUUAAUCAAAUUCUUUCCAUGUUUUGACUGGCGUUUUUGUCGUACGUCUGGCAGUCGCGUCCUGCCCAGGUGAGUGUGGCUGAGACCUCCGCCGAGCGAAGCAUUGGGUGCAAUUACUAGGAGUGUAAAUGUAAGUACGUUCCCCAGCCUGGAACGCCGGGAAUAAAAACAAAAGAAUACAAUACACUUGCAACACAAGGCUCCUCGGCGCCCACAAACCCGGCGCAAAACCAGCAGAACAGAAUUAGAGGCAGCACAGAGUCCCGCUAACUGCAUUCGGUUUCACCAGCCCAGCCUUCCUAUAGCCCGGUAACCUUAAUUCCAAGCAGACUCCGGAAAUGUAGGUAGAACGUGAGGCGUUUAAGUGUGCGUAUCUGUUGGGGAGCGCUUUGUGGCGAGGCCUCCUAUCGCUACUACAUCCAGCGGCAGUAUUGCCCCAACCCCUCCUGAGGACACCUUUCCCUCCCACGUGCUUUCAUCGAGAGUGGCGCGGCAGUGAAGUAGUUAAUCUCCUGGCGGAAGCAUCCUGUGCGGAGCCGCGUCACUGCAGAGUCACAUCCCGAGCGGUCGCGCGUAUCCCUCCUCCUCCGCUGCCGCCGCAGCGCUAAUAAAUCCCCGGUGGUGUUUGCGGCUGUAAAAGCCCGGUACGGAAUAUCUGGUGAGCGUCGCUAGGCCGCAGAAAUCGGAUAUUUGUUGUCUGUUUACCCGGACUUCUCUUCAAACGCUGCAAGUAGGGCCUGCGGCCUGAGCGCUCGCAUCAGAGAUAUCCUCCCGGCUCAGCUGGACUACUUUUUCUCCGGGCAGGGAAGAUGGCGGCUAUUCCCUGAGCUAAGUGGUAGCUAAGAGGCCUAGAGAGGGAAAAGCGACAAGAAGAAGAACGACUUAGGAGACACCAGAGUGAACUAAGCCAGGGCAUGGACUGAAAGAGGCCGGGACCACAGCUCGGGGUGCCCAGGUUCCCCCUGCCUCUAUUUCCCGGACUCUGUAUCGGGUGACGGGGGUGAAAUGCUACCCCGGUGGGGGUCCUGGCUGCCCCGGCAAUUGUAAAGGUCUCCCAGGACGGGAGGAUCACAGAUUUGGAAAAGGAAUGGAUGAACAAAAAGCAUCCAGUGAGGACAAAGAAUCUGAAGCAUCCGCUGAUGAAAAUGCUUCUGAUGGGGCUUGUGAAGCAGAAGGGGAUGAGCCCAUCCAACCCGUGCAACCAAACCCAACUGAUGUGGACGAGGAAUCUUCAGUCCCACAAUGCAUCAGUGAUUCCAAAAACAGGAGCUGUGCUCUUUGCAACUGUGGAGAGUGGAGCCCUCAGGGCCAGAGGGAACUUCUGCGGUUUGAUCCUUCACCAGAUCACCCAGUGUUGGUUCCUGGCCCCAUUCAGGUGCAAGAAACUUCCACACAGAUUUCAGACCCCACUCUAAUUGGCUUUGCAGAGGGUGUGUCAUCUACACAACUUUUUGAACCUACAGGACACUGUUGGGCUCAUCAUUGGUGUGCAUCUUGGUCAGCAGGAGUCAUACAUGUUGAAGGGACUGGACUGAUCAAUGUGGACAAAGCUGUAUACUCAGGGAUAUCACAGAAAUGUGAAUACUGUAAUCGGAUGGGUGCUACCAUUCAGUGCCACUCGACAGGGUGUUUGCGCCGGUACCAUUUUCCCUGCGCAGCUGCGAGUGGAUCCUUCCAGUCCAUGAAGACCUUAAAACUGCUGUGCACUGAACAUCUUGGAGAAGCUAUUGCAAUGGAUGACUCUCGUUGUGUGCUGUGCGACAAGCCUGGUGACCUCAUAGACCUCCUCUUCUGCACCAGUUGCGGGCUGCACUAUCAUGGCACCUGUCUGGAAAUCACAGUCUCGCCACUAAAACGCUCAGGCUGGCAAUGUCCUGAAUGUAAAGUGUGCCAAACCUGCAGGCAGCCAGGGGAAGACACAAUGAUGCUUGUAUGUGAUGCCUGUGACAAGGGAUAUCACACCUUUUGUUUAAAACCAGCUAUUGAGUGCUUGCCCACUGACUCAUGGAAGUGCAAGACCUGCCGUGUUUGUCGCAUAUGUGGGUCUCGGACAGCACACAUGGAACCUGGCAGUCAGUGGUAUGACAAUUAUUCAGUGUGUUCAAAAUGCCAAGAGAAGAGGAAUCGGGCAGAAACUUGUGUCUUGUGUAGUCACGCUCUGCCAAAGGAGAAGUGUCCCAAUUGUAUCAAUGUCCAUCAAACCGUUUGUGCACAAGCUGAUUACUCUACACCGUGCAGUGCUAAUAGCCCAUUAACUGAUAAAAGGCAAUUGCUGCAGGAAAAUGGCAGUGAGAUCUCUAACACAGAGCUGUCAGAAUGUGAAGCCAAACCACUAGGGAUGUCAGAGAUGAAUCUGGAUCCCCUUCAGAAGAAAGUUUCAUCUGAAACACUGAUGGAGCCUAUAUCGGAUUCUAUGUCUCUGGAGGAUAUUGUAACAACGGAAGAAGAUGGUCCUUCCACUUCUGACAAUGAAGCUGCUGAGGCACCUCCUAUAAUGACCGUGCCGUUAAGGGAAAAAAGCCCACCCCCUUUGGAAGCUGAACUGCCACCUCUAAACACCAUGUCUGAUGCUUGUGAUUUACUUGAUGAGGCUCCUGUGCUGGUCACUGUAGAAGAUGAAGAAAUGGAAACCGAAGAUACAGAGACUGAGAUUCAUGAGGUGCAAAAGGAAGUGACUGGUUUAGCGCUUGUUAGCUCCAGCAUUAAGACUGCUUCCCCUACUUUAGUUUCUGAUACAUCCCAGGCAUGUGCCUCAGUGAUUGAAGGCUCUGACAUAAGGUUUACAGACACCGUACAUCUAACUAGUGGGCCUUGUCAGAGUCCUUCAAAGACACCUAGCUGCUCUCAACAACCAUCUCUUUCAGACUCUGAAAUGACUAUUGAGUCCGAAGAUCCUCCCUGCCAGCCUAAUACAGAGAUGUUGAAUAAUGACAAUACAUUUUGUCAAGAACAUUUUGGGGACUACUCUGUUAACAAAGAUCAAGGGCCACUCAGGCCUGGUCUUAUAAAGUCUGACAUUGUAAAUGAGAUCUCUAAUUUGAGCCAGGGGGACACCACAGGUAGCUAUCAUGGCUCUGAUGCACUAGGUUCCCCUGACCCUGAGGGCGGGUCCCUCUCUAUGGAGAUGUGUUUGCAUAAAGAGGAUGGAUCUUUGCGGUUGUGCAAUGACUCUAUAACAGAGACCGAUGAUUCUCUGCUCUAUGAUCCCUCUGGGGGAAAACUAGAUGCUGAAAAGACACGUCGAAAAAGCUCACCAGGACGCUCAAGGGUUAAACAAGGUCGAAGUAGCAGCUUUCCUGGAAGAAGACGACCCCGAGGGGGAAGUGGUUCUGGAACUAGUCGAGGUAGAGGAAGAUCUCGACUAAAAUCUACAGCUUCUUCCAUAGAGACUCUUCCGGUGGUAGAUGUGGAGAGCUCUCCCAGCAAAGAGGAGGAGGAGGAAGAGGAUGAUACCAUGCAGAACACAGUUGUGCUUUUUUCCAACACUGAUAAGUUUGUUCUCAUGCAGGACAUGUGUGUUGUAUGCGGUAGCUUUGGUCGAGGCUCAGAAGGGCAUCUGCUAGCGUGUUCUCAGUGUUCUCAGUGUUAUCAUCCAUACUGUGUAAAUAGCAGGAUCACCAAGGUGAUGCUUCUAAAGGGCUGGCGAUGUGUGGAGUGCAUUGUCUGUGAAGUGUGUGGGAAAGCUACAGACCCUUCUCGCUUACUGCUCUGUGAUGACUGUGAUAUCAGUUACCACACAUAUUGCCUAGAUCCACCACUACAUACAGUGCCCAAGGGUGGCUGGAAAUGCAGAUGGUGUGUGAGCUGCAUGCAGUGUGGUGCAGUCACUCCUGGAUUUCGUUCAGAGUGGCAAAAUAACUAUACACAUUGUGCACCAUGUGCCAGUCUGGUAAGCUGUCCUGUUUGUCACCUUAAGUACUUGGAGGGAGAUCUUCUUAUCCAGUGUCGUCACUGCGAGAGGUGGCUACAUGCUGUGUGUGAAAAUUUGUUCACGGAAGAAGAGGUUGAGCAGGCUGCAGAUGAGGGCUUUGACUGCUCAUCAUGUCAGCCAUUCAUCCCUAAGCCAGUGGUUCCAAUUGUCAUUCCAGAAAGUCCAGUAAAGCUUAAGGAACCAGCUGCUUCUUCUGCAGAACCCCAGUACUUCCGUUUCGAUGGAGUUUGGUUAACUGAAGCAGGCAUGGCAGUGUUGAGAAGUCUUUCUCUGUCUCCAAUUCAAAAAAAGAAGCCCCGACGUUCACGGUUAUGCACAGGAGGAGAGGUUUUUAUUGAUGGCCCUGACACAGUAGGGACAGAAGAACGCAAAGAAGGGGAAGUUGAGUGUGAAGAUCAUAAAUCUGACCACUGCAAUGUGGAGCCCAUGGAGUGUGAUAUAAAGACAGAGGCAAUGGGCAGCCCCGAACGGGAAGCAUGUGCAGAGACAGAACCAGUAAAAGGCAUGGAAGAUGUUGAAGAUGUUAAAAAAAAGAAAAGAAAACCCUACAGGCCAGGUAUUGGAGGUUUUAUGAUCAGACAGAGAAAAACCCAUACGAGGACAAAGAAGGGACAUGCAGCUUUUCUCGAGGCCUUCAGAGAGAGCCAAAAUCAAGAUGUUCAUCCAGAUGAUGCUGCCCCUCCUGAAACCCCUACAGAAACUGGUCCAGAAACGACAAUUACAGAAUCUGAUGACAAAAAGAAGCGAAGAGGCAGAAAAAAGAGCAAACUGGAGGAUAUGUUUCCAGCAUAUCUCCAGGAAGCCUUUUUUGGUAAGGAAUUAAUAGAUCUUGGCAAGCAGGCCCUUUUGGCAUCCCGUCCAGUUUCUCACAAGCCAAAACCAGCACAGGGUGCUACCUUGCCACCACAGGGCUCUGUUCAAACAUCAUUGCAAAGCACAGCUCCCUCAGCAGAGCCUGUAAAUGCACCUACUCCUGCAGUACCAGUGGAAGAGUCGGACAGCAGUGAAAUGAAGGCAGAGAAAUCAGAGGAUGCAUCCGAGGCAGAGGUCCUGAAUGUUGCAGCAGUUACUCACAUGGAAGAGAGAAUUACAGUUCUGCUCCCAGAGGGAGCCCUCGGGUCGGAUCUGGAUAAAAUCUCCAUGGAGGAACUUCCUAAGAUGGAGAACACAGACAUACAGCAAAUGCUAAAGGAUGUGCUAGGGCCAACAGACCAGGAGCCGACUUUAAACAACAUUGGUGGCAGGAUGGAUAGUUCAACUUCUGGAGCAACUAGCCAGUCCCCGCAGACCUUUCUGCAAGGUGUGUCCCAUCCUACUACUUCUUAUGUAGAGUCUUUUUCACAGUCUGGAUUCUUGGAGAACAGGAAUUCUGUAUUCAGCCCUGAACACUGUGAUAGUGAGAGCUCUUGGCCUACAGCCUCCACUCCAACUACACCUACUGCUGAAGGAGAGGCUGAUGGCCUGUCCUACAACCAGCGUAGCCUACAAAGGUGGGAGAAAGAUGAAGAGCUGGGUGAACUUUCAACCAUAUCACCUGUCCUUUAUGCUAACAAGAAUUUCCCUAAUCUCAAACUGGAAUACCCGGAUUGGACCAGUAGGUGCAAGCAGAUCAUGAAGUUGUGGAGAAAAGUUCCAGCACCCGAUAAAGCACCAUAUCUGCAAAAGGCCAAAGACAAUCGUGCCGCACAUCGAAUAAGCAAGGUUCAGAGGCAGGCAGAAAAUCAGAUCAACAAGCAGGCCAAAGUAGAAGUUGCACGAAAAAUAGACCGUCCAGUGCUUCAGCUUCAAAUCCCACCCCAUUCAGGAUCUCAGCCUGGUUCAACCCCAGAUUUUAGGACUGGUGUUCCAACUGCACAAGAUCCCUUUCUGUCUAGUGGCUCUGUUUUGUCUACCUCCUCAGACUUGUUUUUAAAGCCUUCACCAGCUGGCACACCAGGGGUGGAGUCACCUGGUGAUGUUUUCUUUAAGUUGCCACCCCCUUCACCAUCCCAGGAGCACAUGAACAGUUCUCCUGCUUACUCUUUGGAUCCUCGAUACCAGUCUUCCUUAGGACAGUCUCCAGUUUCUUGUGGAUCCUUCCAGACUAUGUCUGGCACUGAGAAUCACCCUGGACCCAAUGCACAACAAGCAACUCACAACUUGGAUUACCAGAGCUCUCACCAAGCCACUACCCAUCACCAACCUCUUACUCCAGAGCCCUUUAUUAAACCACGUUACCCAGCUGGGUCCCUUGAUAACCUGUCAUUGAUAGGGAGUCCUGGUCCACGAUUAAGCCAGUCAUCUGAAAACUCUAGCAAACCUGGUGAACCAAUGAUGUCUCCAUCACGCUAUGGGGAUCCCAAGAGACACUCUGAUGGAAUGCUUUAUCAGGUGAAAAAGGAAGAUGUUGGUUCUCCUGGUUAUCCCCACAGUGUUGGAUCUGCUGAUGGAACAGCAGAGAUGAAAUUUGAUGUGUUUAAAGCACCUCUAACUCCACGGACAUCACAGAUUGAGCCUCAUAGCCCUGCAUCAUCCCACAGAGAUCCACACUUGUAUGCACAAGUGACAUCACCUCAGCACCACUCUGACAUGUACAGGCAAUCAUCAUCUUCUGUUUCAUAUACAGAUCCCUACUCCCAGCCACCCUUAACUCCUCGGCCCCAGUCAUCAGAAGGAAGCUGUACUUUGAAUCCCCGAUCUAUAUCCUCAGAUUCCUUUACUCGUGUCCCAACAAGCCCACAGUCUCAGGCCAGUUCUCAGUCCCCACUGACCCCUAGGCCACUUUCUGCGGAAGCAUUUUGCCAAUCUCCAGUGACCCCACGAUUUCAGUCUCCAGACCCAUACUCACAACCUCCCUCUAGGCCUCAUUCUCGUGACCCUUUUGCACCAUCUCACAAACCUAAUCGACCCCAGGUUACAGAACAAGGGUUUAAACCUUCCAGUCAACUUCUGCAUACCUCUCCUGUUGGAUCAAGCUACCAAUCAUCCCAGGAGGUCCACCCUAAAGUACCAGUGAAUCAGCAACAGAAUUCAAUGUUUUCUCGCUCUCCUGGUGCCAGUGUUUUUCCAAAUGCUCAGAAUCAAUUGUGUUUUACUUUCCCCCAUUCACCUGGGGAUAGUGUUAAAAGUUCCCCCUCACACCAGCCUAACCUUCCUUCUUCUCAUUCAAUGAACACCUUUCAUCCCAACAAGCCUCAGAGUUAUGCCUCUCCCAACAGCAACACUCCCUCUUUCCAUGCAGCCAACAGCCCACAUUCAUCUGGAAAUAGCAGCACUUCUGAUGUAUAUGCACAAUCACCUCACAGACCUCCUUCAGUUUUGCCUCAAGAACAGACAUUUCAGUCCCCUAGCCAACGUCAAGGCCUUAAUUCUCCAGCAGAAAAGCAGAGGGAAGACCUUAGUGGAACUGCAAAUGCACUUGGCACAACUCCCAAAGAAGGGCCAGAACUUCAGAGCACUCCUGAUCCAGCGCUGAGUAAUAUGAGCCAGACAGAGCUGGAAAGACACAGACAGAGACAGAGAUUACGAGAGCUCUUAAUCAGACAACAGAUGCAGAGGAACACUUUGCGUCAAGAGAAAGAGGCAGCUGCAGCUACACUGAGUUCAUCCCAUCCAGGGUGGAGUGCUGAGCUGAGCGGGCAAAGCUUUGAUACUGUGGGGCGAGUUGGGAUAUACCCCUCUGCACAGGAAAAAGCGAGUCUCUCAGUUAUACCUGCCUCUCCUGGUACAAGUAAACCUUCUGCUCAGUCUUUCCCCCAAGAUGAUCGACUGAAUAUGCCUUUGCCUAAUGCAUCUCCUGGGACUGUUGACAAUUCUGGAAGGCAAUCUGUUGAAACAACACAAACUUUUUAUGCAAGAGGCCCCUUUCCUGAUCAAGCACAGGUGUGGCAGUCGCCAGUAGCAUCUCAGAGGUCUGUGACUCCAAACCGCCCUUCAUUAACACCUUCAUUGACUAGUGGAGGAAUUGUGCGGUUUCCUUUUCCAGGCGAUCAGAUUACUUCCUCUUCAGUUACUGUAGGUGGAGCACCUUACAUUGAGCUGCGGCAUCAUGCACCAAAAUUACCCAUUGGUACUACUUUUUCCCCUCCAGUCUCGCAAACCAGACCACGUUUUUAUUUGGCAAGUGAAGGGGGAAAUCCUCCUUUGAUACCUGGGGUUGUUAGAACUGAUGGAAACCCCAUACAAAUGCCAGUGAUGAGAAACCCAUUGCUGCAAGUUCAGAAAUCACUAACUUCCACCCCUUUGACUCAUCAUGCAACACAUAUGGUUGGUGUCCAACAGCCACUUCAUGCAAAAGUGGAAGCUAUUCCUGAAAUAACACAGCAUCAGUCCAAUUUGCAAACACCAGCUCCAGCUCUUUCUGAAGGAGCAAAGGAGGGAACAUCUGCUGGUGUGGAGGGUGGAAGAGUUCAUUGUGAUGACCCCCCGGAACUUGAUGUUGAUUUUGACACACACAAAGAUUUGGAAGACGAUGAUUUGGCGAAUUUAAGUCUUGACGUGGCUAAAGCAGAUGAUGAUUUAGGCAAUCUUGAUAACCUUGAAACCAAUGACCCGCACCUGGAUGAUCUCCUAAAUGGUGAUGAAUUUGACUUACUAGCUUACACUGAUCCUGAAUUAGAUACUGGGGACAAAAAGGACAUUUUCAAUGAACACUUGCGUCUUGUUGAAUCUGCAAAUGAAAAAGCAGAGGAGGAAGCGUUAAUGAAGAUGGAACCUGACAGCAGCGAUGCCAAAACAGACUGCCUUCCCAAAAAAAUUCAGCAGGAAGUGUCAGUAAAUGCAAUUGUGGAAACAACCAAAGACAAAUUGACUGGUGACUUGGGACUUGAAUUACCUCAUAGUGGAGGGGGAAAGGUAGCCCAAAUUCCAUCUACAGCUGAAACAAAACCUGCCUUCAGUGGUAAUUUUAAACCAAAAACAGAAGAUGGUGGCAUGAAGUCUAGCAAUUGUCAGUUUAGUACAAGUAAUCAAGUGUCUGUUAAAAUAGAACCUAGCCAUGGCAAUGAUAAAAAUGUGCUUGGCAUUGGUUUGGUAAAGUCGGGAACUGCCCAUAAUGUAAACCCUACUCAAGCUACAAAUCAAGGGGCUCCUGUAUUCUCAAACCAAGACACUGCAGUUGCAGGCCAGAGCAGUCUAAUACUUGGAAAUUUUGAGUUAGAUGAUGGUGCUCUUGGUCUCCAGGGUGCUAGGCAGUCUCCUAGUGAUGAUCUUGAUAAAAUGGAGAGCUCCCUAGUAGCCAGUGAACUUCCCCUUCUUAUAGAGGACCUUCUGGAACAUGAGAAAAAAGAACAGCAGAAAAAACUAAUGUCAGGACCACAUGCAGAGGGAGUACCACAGCACCCUAUGAUCACUCAUCCAACUUUGUCAGCUCAGUCAGGACCCCAUAUUCAACAGCAUCAAGAUUCUCACCAGGCAAAUUUAGUAGGACUUGGACUUGUACCGAGACAGGCGAUGAAUGCAACUUCCCAACUUCUGAGUCCACAGCAUCAAAUACAGCAGAGAAUUGCUGGAGCACCACUCAGCACUGUCAUGGAUUCUUCUCUUGCAGGGACUCCUAAUCAAGCCCACUUAUUAGGGGGUCAACACAUGGUGCAAACUGGUAUAUCCCAAACUCAAGGUCUCACUCCAAAACCUAUGAUCGGGCAGCAAAUUGGAGUGAAGCCACAGCAGCUGGUUAUGCAGCAGCAGCAGCAGCAAUUGACAAACAACAUAUUUCCCGAUACAGAUCUGGACAAAUUUGCAGCUGAUGACAUCAUGGAUCCCAUUGCAAAGGCAAAGAUGGUUGCCUUAAAGGGAAUAAAGAAAGUGAUGGCACAGGGGAGCAUUGGUGUCACCCCUGCUAUGAACAGGCAACAGGUCUCCCUCCUUGCCCAACGACUAGGGGUUCCUGGAGCACCUGAAUCUAGCAGCCAAACACCUGCAGCUGUAGCACAGGAAAGGUGCAGCAUGGACACAGCUCAGCCACGUCCCAAUCCACCUGCAUUUGUUCAGGGAGUAAUCAAUGAAGCAGAUCAACGGCAGUAUGAAGAGUGGUUGUUUCACACUCAGCAGCUCUUGCAGAUGCAGUUGAAAGUCCUUGAGGAACAAAUUGGUGUUCAUAGGAAGUCCCGAAAAGCUUUGUGUGCUAAGCAGCGAACAGCCAAGAAGGCUGGUCGUGAAUUUCCAGAAGCCGAUGCAGAAAAGCUAAAGCUGGUCACAGAACAACAAAGCAAGAUCCAGAAGCAACUUGACCAAGUUCGUAAGCAACAAAAAGAGCAUACAAAUCUUAUGGCAGAGUAUCGAAAUAAACAGCAGCAACAUCAGCAACAAAAUUGUGGAGUUCUUCCUGUCAGUCCUAAUCAGAACUCUCGUGUUCUAACAAAGGCACCUGGCCAACUCAUUGCAGGACAUGGUAUGCCACAAGCAGGGUCUAUACAACACAGUCAGCUGGUUGGACAGAGUAGUAGUCUUCGUAACCUUCAGUCAAGCAUAACCAUGCAAACCCAACAGGGCCCCUCCUAUGUUCAACCCAUACCUCAGCAGCACCAGGCUGGUAACACAGCACUUCCAGGAACUUCCAGUGGCUUUUACCCAGCAGCAUCAACCCUUCACAACCUCAAUCCUGAUCAAAGGGCAAUCCAGGAGAGACAGGUUCAACAGCAGAGGAUGCAGCUGGCUCAAAAGCUGCAGCAACAGGGGUUUCAGAUGUCACCACAAGGAAGUGUUCCUCAGGCAAUGUUGGGCAAACAGCAUGGACUAGUUGGAGAUUCCCAUGGAUUGGUGGUACAGCAGACAGGUUCUCAGUCACAACAGUCAGUUGUGGGGAAUUCCCUAGCUUCUGUGUUACAGCAGCACCCCACUCCGCAGCGACACAUUUUAAUCUCUCAGCAACAGCAGAGAGUUGUGGGAUCCUCUCCAGUAGCUCACUCACAAGGUAUAAUUAAUCAGAGGCUACUUUUGUCCCAGCCACAGCAGAACUUGCUUAGUUUAUCCCAGACACAGCAGCAAGCUGGCGUCGGUCCUCCUGCUAGUAAUUUGGUACCGCAGACGCUAAUCGGACAGAUCCCACCUACCUCCCAAGCCAUUACUGGCCAUCCUCAAAGUAAUCUGAAUGCCAAGGAUGGUAAUAUGAGAGAAAACUUGCUGGUUCAAGAGGGCGAAGAGGUACAAAGUCAGCAACAACACCUUGGUCUGCAGCAGACCUCAACAUGCAGUCCAGUAAGUCAAGAUUCUGGUGAUAAACCGUCUUGUGAUCAGGGGAACAAUGGCUCAACCAUUUCAAUUAGCCAAAAACCUGAUACUCCACAUUCUGACUCCAUGGAAGAUAUGCAGCAGCCAAAUGAAAACCUGGAAUCUGUACAAUCUCCAUUUUGUGUCACAAGUCCAGUACAGCAGCCUGUGAGACAGCAACAUAAUUUGCCUCUUCCACCAACGCAACAAGCAGUACAAAAUCUUGGUGCACAUGGGAAGACUGAUGAUGUUCAUCAUGUUACACCAGAGACCUUCCAUCCACCUUCUGUUGAUGCACCGCAAAGUACGACUGGUGAGCAACAACAAAGUUUAAUACAAGCGCAGAGAGUUGUAGGCCACAUUCAGGGUCAGCCUCAAGUGAAUGAAAUAAAUAAGGAAGUAGCUGGGCAACAUCUGGUCACUCAACAGAGGCCCUCACUUGGUAGCCAGCUGAUUACACAUGCUCCUAGUUUUGCAGGACAGACAAACAUUUCACUCAUGAAUCAAAUUAGAGCUCAGCUUCAGGCCAUAAUUGCAAAAAAUCCUCAUUUGAGGCACUUGACUGCACAACAACAGCAACAGUUACAGGCAAUCCUCAUUCAGCGACACCAACAAACUCAGAAUCAAGCUCUCAGGCAAGCAUCAUUCCAAGAUUCAACCAUACAGCCCACUCCAGUUCCAAGUGGAUCAUCUGGGGAUCAAACACCACUGAGUGGAAUGUUUCAUGUUCGUCAGACACCAUCAUCUGCUACAGAACAAGCUCAGCAAAAUUAUGCUGAGGAAAAUCACCAAGUUAACCUACAGAAAUCCAUACCAGAACAUUCAACUGGAACACAGGUGGCUGGUUGUGGUGCUGUUCAGUCUCAGGAAUCUACAACUACACAAAUUUCACAGAAUAUUUCAAAUUUUAGACAUAUGGGACACCAGUCCCAACCUCAGCAUAAAAUGCCACAGGUGCAGGGUCAACAGAUAUUGUCAGGUAAUCAUCCAUACCAAAUGCAGCAACCUCAGUUGCAACAGGAUCAGCAAACACAAAUUCAGCAGAGCCUCCAAACGCAAAAUCAGCAAGGGCAGCAGCUGCAAACAACACAAAUGCAACAGGUACAGUCUCUUCAGAUGCAGCAGGUACAACCAAACCAAAUACAGCAAUUGCAGACUCAUACUAUUCAACAGGUUCCUGUUCAGCAGCAAAUGCAACAGCAGUCAGUUCAGCAGGCACCACAGCAUCAGAUACAGCAGUUAAAUCAGAUUCAACAGCUGCAGCAAGCACAACAGCAUCAUUUACAGCAAAUGCAGCAGACUCAGCAACAGAGUCAGCAGACACAACCACAAAUGCAGCAGCAACCGGUGCAGCAAACACAACAGUUACAGCCACCACAGCAGCUAUCACAGGCUGUGCAGCAGACCCCUCUGCAAUUGCAGCAAACACAGAAGCAGGUUUUACAACAGAUACAGCAACUGCAAGCAGCUCCACAACAGAUACAACAAACACAGCAGGUUGUGCAGCUACAGCAGACAAAAUUGCAACAAAAUCAGCAGCUACAACAAACUCAGCCACAGUUGCUACAACAAGCUCAGCGGCAAGCCCAACAGCUUCAGCUGGCUCAGCGGCAAGCCCAACAGCUUCAGCUGGCUCAGCGGCAUGGGCAGCAGCUGCAGCUGGCACAACGACAGGUCCAGCAUCAGCUGCAGCAUUUUCAGAAGCAGGUUCAACAGUUACAGCAGUCUCAGCAACAAGGUCAGUCCCAGCAUCUGCAGCAGGCUCAGCAGCAAGUACAGCAGCUAUUACAGUUGCAACUGCAGCUUCAGCUACAACUACAGCAGGCUCAACAACAGAUUCAACAGCUGCAACAGGUUGAGCAGCACUCGUCUUCACAUCAAGGUCCACAGCAGCCAUUGCAACAGUCUCAGCAGCUGCAACAGACUCCACCUCAAAUUCCUCAGCAGCUGCAACUCUCUCAACCUCAGCAACUGCAUGUGGCUCAGCCACAAGCUCAGCAAAAUCUGCAGCUGCAGCAGACACAGCAGCAAGUUCAGAUGAACCAGGUUCAGCAACAGCAGCAACUACAACAACAGGUUCAGCAGCAACAGCCACAGCUGCAGCAGACCCAGCAACAGGUACAACAACUGCAACAAGCCCUGCAGCAGGGACAGCAGCAGCAGCUGCAACAGGCCCAGCAGCAAGCUCAGCAGCAGCUGCAACAGGCCCAGCAGCAAGCUCAGCAGCAGCAGCAGCUGCAACAGGCCCAGCAGCAAGUUCAACAGCAGCAGCAGCUGCAACAGGCCCAGCAGCAAGUUCAACAGCAGCAGCAGCUGCAACAGGCCCAGCAGCAAGUUCAACAGCAGCAGCAGCUGCAACAGGCCCAGCAGCAAGUUCAACAGCAGCAGCAGCUGCAGCAGGCCCAUCAGCAAGUUCAACAGCAGCAGCAGCUGCAGCAGGCCCAGCAGCAAGUUCAACAGCAGCAGCAGCUGCAACAGGCCCAGCAGCAAGUUCAACAGCAGCAGCUGCAACAGGCCCAGCAGCAAGUUCAACAGCAGCAGCAGCUGCAACAGGCCCAGCAGCAAGUUCAACAGCAGCAGCAGCUGCAACAGGCCCAGCAGCAAGUUCAACAGCAGCAGCAGCUGCAACAGGCCCAGCAGCAAGUUCAACAGCAGCAGCAGCUGCAACAGGCCCAGCAGCAAGUUCAACAGCAGCAGCAGCUGCAGCAGGCCCAGCAGCAAGUUCAACAGCAGCAGCAGGCCCAGCAGCAAGCUCAACAGCAGCAGCUGCAGCAGGCUCAGCAACUGAAACAGGCCCAGCAGCAAGUUCAGCAUCUACAACAGACACAGCAGCAGUUGCUGCAACAGGCCCAGCAGCAGCAGCUGCUACAACAAGCCCAGCAGCAAAUUCAGCAGCGCCAGCUGCUGCAACAGGCCCAGCAGCAAGUUCAGCAGAGGCAGCAGAUGCCGCAUGCUCAACAGCUGCAGCAGGCACAACAGCAAGUUCAACAACUGCAGCAGCAGACCCAGCAGCAAGUUCAACAGCAGCAGCAGCAGACCCAGCAGCAAGUUCAGCAACAGGGCCAGCAGCAAGUUCAGCAGCAGCAGGCCCAGCAACAAAUUCAACAGCAGCUGCAGCAGCAGCAGGCCCAGCAGCAAAUUCAACAGCAGCUGCAGCAGCAGCAGCAGCAACAACAGGCCCAGCAGCAAAUUCAACAGCAGCUGCAGCAGCAGCAGGCCCAGCAGCAAAUUCAACAACAGCAGCAGGCCCAGCAGCAGCAACUUCAGCAAAUGGUACAGCUGCAACAGGCCCAGCAGCAGCAGCAGGUUCAGCAACAGGCCCAGAAGCAGGUCCAGCAACAGCAGCUGCAGCAGGCACGGCAGCAGGUCCAGCAACAGCAGAGCAAGGAGCAGGUUCCACAGCAGCUGCAGCAGACUCAAGAACAAAUACAGCAACAUCAGAUACCGCAGCUACAGCAGUCACCACCAGUAGAACAUAUACAGCAGCAAGAAAUAGAGCAACAGAAUUUGACUCAGUCAUCGCCAUUGCAUCAGCCAAAGCAAAAAGAACAGCAGAUGACCCAGAUACUGGAUACAAAUCAGGCUGUACAGAUGGAACAAGCUGAACAAAAGGAACUUCCUAAGCAUACAGAACCGGUUAUGCAAACACAGCACUGCCCCUCACAGCAGAAUCCGCUUCAGCAGCACUCAUCAACAUUGUCACAGUUGCCAUCUCAUAUGUUAAUACAGCAGCAACUGCAACAAAAAAUGCCAUUGCUUCAGCAAGUGCAGCAAAUACAGACUGUGCAACUGCAGGGUCAGUCUCCGCAUUUGCAACAAUCACAGCAAGUCUUGCAACAAAUAUCUAUUCAAACACCUCAGACUUCCCAACAACAUGUUCAACAUCAGAUUCAACAGCUACAACAACAACACAUUCAGCAGCCUCAGAAUUUUCAGCAGCAUAAUAAAGCACAUGGACAAUUUCAACAUCACCAGAAUGCUCAAGUGCAACAAGUACAUUUGCAUACUCAACAGCCAGUAAACCCUCUAGGCCCACAGACUGGCUUGCAUGCACUAGAGUCACAGCAGCAGGUAGGCCAUGCCCAGUGUCAGCAACUACAAAUAAAAACCCAAAUGCUGCAGCAGCAGUCACAGCAACUGCAGCAACUUCAGUUGCAGCUUAACCAGCCUCCGCAGAUGACUAUACAAAACCAAGCUAACCAAGUUAAGCAUCAGACUCUCAGCAGCCAGCCAGCACAGCAGCAAACAAACCAACAAAUGCCACAACAAUCACAGAUGAGGCAGUCACUGUCCAUUCAUCCACCACAUACUCCGCAUUUAAAGCAGAAUCAAACUCAACAGUUGCAGCAGCAAAAACUACAGCAACUUCAGCCACAUCAGAUUCAACAGGUGCAGCAGAUUCUGCAGCUGAAACAACAGAUGCUUAAUCAACCUCCCCAGAAGCAACUUCAGCUACAACAGCAAAUUCAAAUGCACUUGCAACAGUUGCGUCAACAAGCACACCUGCAAAUAGAGCAUCAGGAACCAAAGAGAAAGACACAAGAGUCUACGGCUGUAUGCCCACAGCCUGUACCAACUUCACAGACUACAAAGAAUAAAUCCUCAGAGGAGCAUGGCGGUAUCAUAAAGCCGGAGAAUAAUCUUGCUGCAGUCAAACUUUGUUCUAGUAAUCUUUCACCACCAUCCAGGGAUGGUCCGAACCCAGAUUCCUCAUCCUCCAUAGAGGCCUCUUCAGCCUCACCCAUGUUAAGUAGUGUGCAUGAGUCUGAUGCAAAACCUGCUAAUACCGCCAGCUUUUUGCCCAAAGAGCAGCCCAAAGAAUCAGAACCAUCAAAUGACAUAAGUUGUCAGCAAUCUCCUGCAACCGGAGACAUACAUUCUGAUAGCCAGGUAGAGAAACCGGGCCAAAUAACAGAAAGUGAUGCUGGAAAAGAAUCUAACACAAAAUCAUUGACUAAUCCAAAUUCCCAUUUAGAAAAUGGGGAAAUGGCUGACUUUCCCAAGUUCCUUAAACAGGAGCCCAUAGAGCUUGGAGUAUCUGUUCAGCAGGACUUGAAGAGUGAGGCAAAUUGUGAUAAUACAUCCCUUGGGGCCAAAACAGAGGCUGGUCAUCUCUUGCUUCAGAAAUUGCUGCGUGCCAAGACAUGUCAGCUUGCUACCCAACGCUCAGCAGAUCCUCUUCAUUCAGAUAUAAAUGGUCAUAUUGACAACAAAUUAACUGUUCUUGAACAGAAACUGAAAGCUGCUUCACGGAAUCAGGAGGACAUUGCUGCAAAGAAGGCUGUCCCUAAACCUAAGAGGACACAGAAGACAAAUGAGAGGGUACCUAACUCUCGUAAAAAAAUUCGUAGAGAGGAUAGUAUCAAAUCUCCCGAUGCCAUUAUGAAACAGCUAAAGCAGGAACUAUCUCUGUUACCACUUGUGGAGCCUUCAAUCACAGCCAAUUUCAGCCUUUUUGCUCCAUUUGGUAGCAGCAGCCCUGUUAAUGGUAAAUGCCCUCUUAAAGGAUCUUUUGGCAGUGGAGCCCUGGAGAGCAUCCCAGACUACUACACACAGCUGCUUAGUAAGAAUAAUCUUAGUAACCCUCCUACACCUCCAAGCUCGCUGCCACCCACUCCACCUCCCUCUGUGCAGCAGAAAAUGGUUAAUGGGGUUACAGCAGCAGAAGAUCUGAGUGAUGCAAAGAAAGAAGCUGAAAGCAGUGCAGAAACCGAGGAUAAGAAAGGUACAGUUGAACGUAGCCUGGACCUGUUGGCAGCAUUACCUACUCCCCCACACAAUCAAUGUGAAGAUGUCCGGAUGGAGAGUGAUGAGGAAAGUGAUGUACCAGAUAGCAUUGUGCCAGCCUCGUCCCCAGAGAGUGUCCUUGGAGAGGAAACUCCAAGGUUCCCUACACUCUGUGAAGUGAAGGAAGAAGAGGAAGAAAGAGCCUUGUCUCCUGUCAUUCCUCUAAUUCCUCUUUGCUCUAUACCAGUGUUCCCAGAUGUGAAGCCUACUGAGACAUUGGAAGCUAUACCAGAGCAUUCUGGAAAGACGCUUGUGACUUCUGCUGGGGGAACUGUUUCAUGGGAGAAGUCAAAGGGCAGUGAAGUGUCUGUUAUGCUUACAGUGUCAGCGGCAGCGGCAGCAGCUAAGAGUUUAAACGGUGUUGUUGCAGCAGUUGCUGAUUUGCUGAGUAUCAAGUUACCAAGUUCCUAUGAGGUACUUUUUCCAGAGAGGGGUCUUAAAAGUACUGUACAGGUAAAGAAGCCUGAAGAUCCCUCCACAGAUGGUGAGAAGGAAAGGUCUCAACUGGGGAAGGCGGAAAACAGUACCGAUUGGCUGAAACAGCUUGACGCGGUGCUUCCAGGCUAUACGCUAAAGAAUGAGCUAGACAUACUUACUUUGUUAACACAGGAAGAGAACGCGGUUGAGAAUUCUGCACAUCAUUGUUACAUGAACAAUGUGUCUAACCUAGAUGUGAGACAGCUUCCAGUGCUACCUGAAGUAUCUUCCCCUCCACCAUCUCCUUUUGUUCCAUCUCCUGCUACCCCUGGAGAGCCUUCUGCUGAACCCGAUCCCCCAGUGCCUCUUGAACCAUUACCUAUGCCUCCAACUAUGUCUCCAGAUAAAGAGGACUGUAAGGACAUGGCCAAAAUUAAGCAACGUGCACGACCACCAGAGGAUGGAAUUGAGGAACCCAAGCCACGAAUAAAAAAAUGGAAAGGCGUUCGCUGGAAGCGACUGCAUAUAUUGAUAACCUUUCAGAAAAUUGUCUCUCGGCAUUGUGAAAAAGAAAUAUGUGAGGUAAUAGAAAGACUAGGGACCACUUUAAGGCCAGAAACCUUACCUCCAGACCUACGCAAAUGUUGCUUCUGCCAUGAAGAAGGUGAUGGACCUACUGAUGGUCCGGGUCGGUUGCUUAAUUUGGACCUUGAUCUUUGGGUGCAUCUUAACUGUGCACUGUGGUCUACAGAAGUGUAUGAGACACAAGGUGGCGCACUAAUAAAUGUGGAAGUUGCCCUUCAUCGAGGGUUGCUUACAAAGUGUAGUUUGUGCCAGAAAACUGGAGCCACCAAUAGCUGCAACCGCCUUCGUUGCCCAAAUGUGUAUCAUUUUGCAUGUGCCAUCCGUGCAAAGUGUAUGUUCUUUAAGGAUAAGACUAUGUUAUGUCCCAUGCACAAAUUAAAGGGGCCAUGUGAGCAGGAGUUGAGCUGUUUCACAGUCUUCCGACGAGUAUACAUAGAAAGAGAUGAGAUUAGUCAAAUUGCCAGUAUUAUCCAACGGGGAGAUCGCAUCCACAUGUUUAGGGUUGGAGGACUUGUUUUCCAUGCCAUUGGCCAGCUUCUUCCGCAUCAGAUGCAGGAUUUCCAUAGUGUGACUGCCCUCUACCCGGUGGGAUAUGAGUCAACACGAAUUUAUUGGAGUAUGCGACAUAGUCAUCGUCGCUGCUGCUAUCGGUGCAGAGUGUGCGAUAAUAAUGGACGCCCCGAAUUCACAGUCCAAGUUAUUGAGUAUGGCUAUGAGGAUGUGAUACUCACUGAUUCAUCCCCUCAAGCUCUCUGGAAUCGGGUUGCUGAACCUGUAGCACGAAUGAGGAGAGAGACUGGAAUGCUUCGGCUUUUCCCAGAGUAUCUAAAGGGAGAAGAGAUGUUUGGGCUGACCGUGCACGCAGUGUUGCGCAUUGCUGAGUCUUUGCCAGGAGUGGAGAAUUGCCAGAACUAUCUCUUUCGUUAUGGCAAACAUCCUUUAAUGGAGCUGCCCCUCAUGAUCAACCCAACUGGCUGUGCCAGAUCUGAGCCAAAGAUCAUGACCCAUUACAAACGGCCACACACUCUCAACAGUACUAGUAUGUCCAAAGCCUACCAGAGCACCUUUACAGGGGAAACAAACACACCCUACAGCAAGCAGUUUGUGCACUCCAAAUCAUCCCAGUACCGUCGGCUCAAAACAGAGUGGAAAACCAAUGUGUAUCUAGCUCGCUCACGGAUCCAAGGCUUGGGGUUGUACGCCUCAAAGGACCUCGAGAAGCACACCAUGGUCAUUGAGUAUAUAGGCACCAUCAUCAGGAAUGAAGUGGCAAACAGACGUGAGAAGAUCUAUGAAGAACAGAACCGAGGCAUUUAUAUGUUUCGAAUCAAUAAUGAACAUGUAAUUGAUGCCACGCUUACUGGUGGGCCAGCCAGGUACAUUAACCAUUCGUGUGCCCCCAACUGUGUUGCUGAGGUAGUCACUUUUGACAAAGAGGAUAAGAUCAUUAUCAUCUCCAGUCGCCGGAUUCCUAAAGGAGAGGAGCUUACAUAUGACUACCAGUUUGACUUUGAGGAUGAUCAGCACAAGAUCCCUUGUCACUGUGGAGCAUGGAAUUGCCGGAAAUGGAUGAACUGAAUACAAGUGAGAUGUUUUGAAUGCCUCAUCAUCCUGCACAUCUGCCCUUCUGCAGAGAACCUUUGGGGAUAGAGCACAGGACACCUUCAUAUGUGUCUCUGCCAUCACCUCACCCCCAUUUCUGCUAUUUAAGCCUUCCUUGAUAUGGCUGCAGGACUCAGGUAACCCUCUGCCUCUUAAUGUAAGGCAAGUACAGUGACGUCAGGAGAGCACUGCAAGCAGUCUGAUAUCCUCUCCUGAGGUGAAAGGGAUAAACCAGAAGAAAGCAAUGGAGGACCGUUCACUGAAUACGAACAAGCAGAUGUGUACGUGUAGCAUCCUUCCUUCAUCGAAGUUACAAGUGGUCUAUGGAGUAAGGAACCUUUUUUUUUUUCCUAAAUAAAUUCUGUUGACUUCUCCGAGUUGAGACGUUCAGAAAUGUAAAACAAAAAAAAAAAAGAAUCAAUUCUUAGUUAACCAAGCAGUUUGACAAUCCUAAAUCUACUGGACCAUCGGAGCGCAAGAGAGCACAUGAGCCUGCAGACAAAGAGCACAGGAGAGAUGCUUUCAGCGAGCGCCAAUAGACAGUCUCAAAGACUGUUACCUGUCACAGCUACCCAAUCCCGGAGGCACCUGCCAGCACCUACCUCAUCUGCCUGUUGGAUAAUAUUGUGUAUAUGUGACACUCCCAUGGCAAGCUAUAAUAGAUAGCACCUCAUGAACAGUGGCACAGCUAACCUGAAGUUGUGCAAUGAAAAGCUCUCCCACUGAUACCUUUCUGAAGCUUUGUGGCCUGUCUCAUGGCUGUUGAAUUGUGCUUUGAGCAGGCAGAAGUGCACUAAGGGACAUGCUUUCUGCAAACCACCUGCUUUCCCUCCACAACACAUUUCCUCCCCUAUUCUAUGCCCAAAUUCUCCUUCUUCUCAGUACAUGUAGCUUGAGAGGUUGUGAGAAAGCCUGCUGUGUUAUGGGGUAGAGGAAAAUGCUAUUACGGUAGAGGCAUGUGCGUGUGUGUAACAGUAUGGAUGUGUGAAUUUAAGAACCCUUUGUAUACUUUGUAGCAGCUGCGUGUUUAUUAAAGUACUCCCCUACACGGUAUUGCUGUAAAGUCCAAUAUACAAUUUACGGAACAUUCUAGUAGUAUAUAUUUUUGAAGAGGUGAAUAUUUUGUUUUAAAUCUUUUUUUUUUUUUUUUUUAAUGUACUGCUGUCUAUCCCACCCAUCCUUCAAUAUUCUCCACACAUGCAUUAUUCUAAAGCUGCUGCUUUUCUCUUAGAUUUUUUCUUCCCUUUUUUUUUUUUUUUUUUUUUUUUAAAGCACAGUGCUUGGGUGGGAACAGGUGAAAGGGAGUUAUUUAUUUAUACAUGUAAUUAUAUUUAUGUAUUAAAGCCUUGUGUGUGAGGGAAGUACAGGGUCAAUUCUUAUGACUGGCAUGGUAUUCCUGGGGGUUUGCAUACCUGAAAUGUUCAGUUAUGAACUUCCAGUAAUAAAUCAAAGGUAUAUAAGUGAUGAUUAAGCACUAGUAAAGUCCUAGGAAGUGUGGUCAGUCCACAUACUGGUUCUGCAUAGAGUAGGUCACAAUCCUUUUGGCUUCCAAGCUAGAUUUUUGUUUUAACCUGCUAGUGCUUUAAAUGCAAGAAACCUUUUUUUUGUGUGUGUGUGCCAGAGCAGUGUGAAACUUGCCUUGUCCCACAGCUACAUGUCUGUGGAUGUUACUUUAAUAACAGACACAGCAAUUAUGUUUGAAGUGCACAGAAAAAGAUUGAUGGCAAGAAUAGGGCAUUUAAAAUCAAAAAUAGUGUGAAUAAGAGAGGUAAUUAAGUGCUGUUGCUUUUUAACACGAGCUGCUUCCACAACUGUUUUAAAAGCUGCAAACUUGUACAAAUAAAAGGAAAGAUAAGUGUAAAUAAAUGUAAGAAAAUAAAAAAGAAAUAAUAAAAAAAAAAUCGGAAUGGUGCGCAUAGUCAGCACCAUUUUAGCAAGAAAACCACUGGACACUAUGAAAACCCUGCAAAUUCCUAACGAAAUGGCCCUCUUUCUCCAUUUCCCUGCAUCUUUCAACAGUGAAUCUUCUGGGAGAGCACUGGGCUCUUCAGUGGAAGCGAACAGAAAAGUGAUUCUAGAUUAUCAUAGCUAUAAAUACAGUAAUGUAGCUUUUAGGUAUACCCUAUACAGGUUUUAUUUUUUAUAUAUAUAUAAAAAAUAUAAUCCAGACCCAAGCUUGAAAUACUUGAUUUUUUUUCUGCUUGUAUUAAAAAAAAACAAAACAAAAAAAACUUGCUGUGUUUGAUUUUAAUUUUGGUCUUCACUUGCAAAUAUCCGGUUUUCAUUUUAUAAAUAUAUAUAUAUUUCCUUUUUUUUUUUUUUUUUUUUUUUUGCCAUUUCCAUUUUUUUAUUGACAAUUCUAUGAGGAGCUGUAAUUUGUGCGGUGAGAAUUCUGUACAGAAAAUUUGUCCUUGGUAGAAAAUAUAAAAUUAUUCCUUUUUUUAAAAAAAAAAAUGAAAAUAAAAACUUGUACGUGGCAUGUUUUGUAUUGAAUAUAAUUUUGAAAUGUAUAUAAUUUAUGUGAAAGGGGGCAAGUAAGAGAAGUCUCAUUUGCUUCUUUUGGUUUGUUUUUAAAGGACAAAUAAAAUGCAUUUUAAAUACA